UCAUUUUAAGCCAAAUUAAAAGCGAAACUUAGUUGAAAAUAAAAGAAAUUUCAAAAUAAACAAACAAAAACGAUAAAUUACCAAUAUGGACGUUUCGCCAAGCAGAACUAGUGCCGGCAGUGGAAGUAGACAAGUCUCAAGUUCAUUAUCGCCCGGCCGCAAGGACCUAUCCAAAUCUAUACCAAAAUUAAAUGCUGAGCAAAUUUCUAAACAGAAUGUCGAGUCGAAAGCAACACCACAAACAGAGCCCGCUGUUGGCGAGUAUAUCACCGCCAGCAAUAUUACACUCGACACUACAAGCGCGAGCGUCACUGUAGCUAAACCACACUUCGGUAGAGCCAAAACUUUGGCUUCGCCGCAAAACUCUGCACAAACGAAAAUCCCAAUGAAACGCGCGGGUGCCAAUGCAAGCGUAAAGACUGCGACCACGCCACGUCUCGGCCAUCGUCCACAAAUGCGUUCGGCGUCGAAAAUCAGCUUGACCAUUAAAGAGCUGAGCGGCAGCAAGAAGCUCGAACCGAACGCAUCGAAAAUGAGUUUUAAAGCGAACACUUCGACGAACUUAAAGGUGCCCCAUGUGAAGGUGCCAACAGCGCGCAGCACCGGCAUUUCGAAACGUAGCGCCAGCACAAUAUCCUGCCGCACUGAUAAUCGCAAGGCCGAGGAAACUCAACUGACGCAACUCACCAAAAUUAGUUCUUCAGCAGGUGAUCACGACACGAAUAGCACCACCGGUGGUGGUGUCAGCGGCGGCACGGGCGGCCAAGUGCUUAGCGCACGCGAACGUGUUGCUGAAAAUAAUAAACUGAAAGUCUUCGAGAGCUUACAGCGUAAACUGCAGGAUAUGCAAACCGAUUUUAUGCAGAAAUUUGAGUCGUUGAAGCUAAGCUCCCCAGAUAAGCUGAAGACGGACUUCAAAUUCAUAACGAUGGUUAAAAGUGAUGAGUGUAAAUUGGUGCUGAAGGAGGAUCAUAUGGUGAAGAUGCCAAAGCGUUUACCGUUGGAUUCUGUGAAUGAUUUCAAGGAAAAAGUACGCUCAGCCGUGGAUGGUUGCCUGGUGACUCUAAUGGAAAAUUUGAAAGAAAUACAAGGCAUGAGAAAUGAGACCGAACGUACGCUGAGUUUGGAGGAGACAUAUAGCAAAUUGGAAAAACAACAGGACAGAAAAUUACAAGAUCUCUUUGAGAGUGUCAAUGCGCUAGCUAAUGCCAAGGAUGCAGAGAUGGAUGCGCAGAUUGUGCGAAUGCAGAAGGAAAUACAGGAGGGUAAAAAAGCUCUACACACUUCCGAGAAGAAAUUAGCAGAACUCAAGGCUAUACACGCUGAUGAAUUGGCCGCUGUGGAGAAAGAUUUAAAAGAGAAGACCGAUGCGGAUGUAAUGAAGCGCGAAACGCAAAUUGCGGAGAUGAAUCGCAAAUUGCGUAAUUUGGAGAAACAACAUGACAAAUUGAAAGCCACCUUACAACAGAACAAUGAGGAAUGUAGUCAAGGACAAACGGAGAAAGCAAGACUUACAGAUGAACUUAAAAGCUGUAAAGACACCAUACAAACACUCACCAAGAAACUAACCACUGCUGAGAGCCAACUGAGUCACGAGAAGAAAGAUAAACAUGAAAAGUGUGAUACCAUACAGAAACUGGAAAGCGAACUUGAAAAAUCCAAAAAGGAAUUGGAAGAAGCACAACAAGCGAAACCACCACCAGCCGAGCAUCACCAUCAUGAGAAAGAGUUGAAAAAGGAAAUACAUAAAUUAAAAGGAAAAUUAGAUGCUUUGGAAAAAGAGAAGCAAGAAUUUGUUACGCAAGUUGAACAACUGAAAGAGGAAUUAAGCGUUGUGGAUAAGCUGCGGCAUAAAAUCAAUGAUUUGGAGGAGCAGAACAGAGAAUUAUUGGCACGUGAGAAGACAGCAAUGGAAAGUGUGGAAUUACCCAAGGAAUAUCAGGCCGAGCUGGCCAAAUUGCGUCAGUCGGAGGCGGAGAAAGUGCGCGAAAUUGAAAAACUCAAAAUACAAUUGUCCAAAGCACACUUCAACAUCGAACAGCUGGAGGAGCAAAUUCGUCGCGAUCAACAACUGCUCGAGGUGCGCAGCGAUUUGAUCAAUUCACUGCAAACGAACGACAACAGCCAGCGGAUACACCUCGAGCAAAUGUUUGCCGAAGUUGGCGAUAAGAAUAAUACCAUCAAUGAGGUAUGGUUAAAUAAUGAUCUGCGCACAAAAGCGGAGGAAUUUCAAAAUCUUUUUAGCACAUUGAGUCACAAGCAGAUGGAGUUGUCGCGUCAGGAGCACAUGAUCAAGCUGUUGGAGGAGAGUAACGAACGUAGUCAGAUGUUGCGCGUGAAACAGGAGGAAAAGAUCGGACGCAUGGAGGAGGAGAUUGCGAAUCUGAAGCAAACCAUCGCCAUCUAUCAACACAACGUACUUGGUAAUGCUGCCUGCAAGAAUCUCAUAUAUCCACCGAUCGUGGGCACAGAUGAUUAUAAUGAAAAUCUCUAUUAUUAUGCCAGUGAGAGGCGACGAAAGCGACAGGUCGACAUUAAUGUGAAAAAAUAUGAAACCUAAUGUGUGGAGGAAGCAAAAUGCAACGAUCAGCGAGAGCGGCCAGCAGCCAGCUAUAAAGAGAGCGAGGAGGAGAAGAAAGCAUGUCGUUUGGUGUGGGAGUUGUUAUUGUUGUGGAAAUGUGUGUCAACGUAGUGUUGUUUGUUUGAUUUGUGCUUCCAUAAAUCAACUCUACAUACAUAUACAUAUGUAUAUGUGGAAGUAUAUGUGUGUGUGUAAAUAUGUGUCCAUGUGUCAAAAUACGAGGCGCAGAACUUUUGAGCUCCCCAAAAAUUAUUCAAGUUUUUUUUACUACUUCUUUUCUACUUGAGGCUGAGCCGGAAGUUUACCUGUAAAUCAAAAUUAGUCUAAUAAAUAUAAAAAAAUAUAAAAAUUAAUAAAAUGCAAAAA